UAAUAAUAAUUUUAUGUAAAAAAAUUCCUCAAUCGUGUAAUCUUUAUAUAGAACCAACAUUUAUAUGUUUUUUAACAUGGGAGUAACAAACAAACACAGGAGUAAAUACUAUUGAUUUGCAAAAAAACAAUGACGUAAUCAGUUUAAAACUAAGAAUCUCCUUUUUUUCUCGUUUAAUAAACAGGAUGUAAUAUUUCAUAGAUGAGGAAAAAGCUCCUUAUUCGGCAAGCAAUGUCACUAUGGCAACAUCGAUAAAUCUAUCAACUUAUUAAAAUCCUCAUUUUUUUAUAAUUUUAUUACAAUGGCUUGUAACGAGAACAUAAUAAAAAAUAUGGCAAAUGAAAUAACUAGGAACUGCCAAGUGGCAGUAGAUCUUGAAUUUGUUAUAUACCUUAUAGAACUUCUUUUAUUAAAUCCAAAAUAUGGGAAACUGUUUUCUAAAACAAUAAACAGAAACAAUUUGCAGUUUUUUGUUGGAGAAUGUGUUGCUAUGCUGAAUCGUGACGAAAGCACAUCAAUAAAUACCUUAAAGAUGCAAUUCGUAAUACAGAACAAUUAUGAUAAACUACAGAAACUAAUUGACAAACACUUGGACUCUAUCAAUAAGUGUCUUCGGCCGCUAGUUACUGAAAUAUUAGAAGAAGAUCCUGCUCUAGAAGAUGAGUCAGAAUUCAAGAAAUUAUUUCGAAAGAUAUCGAUUUAUAUAAUACUUGCCAGUGGACUAGGGAAUCCUGGAGUUAUACUUACACUGAAAGAAGGCAUGGCAGCACUGGAAAGCGUUUUUUCCAUGGACGAUUUGCGAGUUUUCGUGUCGCUACCUCGCGGAGAGAAGUUGACACAACUGUCUGAAUUGAUGGAGCUAGUGUCUGGUGUGCGACUAUUCAACAGAGAUUGCAAGAAAGGUGGAGAAGGAAUUCCAGAUUUACCAUUCAAUCUGGUAGAUGCUGGAAAAGCGUGUCUUGCGUCUCUUUCUAAUGCUUUGAUAAGCGUAAUGCAGCGUGUGAAUACACUCACCACCGCCAUAGAAGACACAGUGUCGAUACAAGAGGAGACCGGCAAUGUUAUUAUUGAUAUAAAGCCUAGUAUAGAUUUAACAGAAGAAAACUAUAAGCAAAUAUUCGAACUGCUCGCCUUCAAUCGCCAGUACGAGGUGUUUAUACGGCGUUUUCUCUCUGACGUGGAGACAAUGGUCUACAAUGGAACACAAUACGUCGAGAGAGUGCGGAAUGUCUUGGAAGAACUGCAUGCAGCGGUCAAGUAUAAAGCAGCUGUACCGGUCGUAACGGUGUUUCCAAUAUUCACCAAACUCUGGCAAGUUUGGCGUUCUAUGCAGAACGUAAUGUACCUAGUCUCCACUGUUAACCGUCUGAUGUCCAUAUUGUCGUCAAUUCAAGAGCAAAUGAAGAUACCUUACGACAUAGUCGACAAGAUGCUCCAAGGGAAGUUAGUGGUGACAGAUCAGGAUAGAAUGAGCGGCAGAGUUAGUUUAGAAGAAAAGAUCUCAUUGGGCUCUUUAAAAAACUAUGUCGCGUAUAAUAAUAGUAUCACUGUGAAGGACAAGCAUGUUCAGUAUCUUGGUUUUUGCGCUGUUUGUUUGAGCGUUGGUGCAUUAGUACCUAGCAAUACGAAGGUGGGUUUAAUCAAGGCUAAGGGGCAAAGAUUUGGUUUCUGCAGUGUUAAAAUGGCUGCCAGAUUCGGCAAGGAUCCACAGAGGUACAUAUAUGAAGUACUCGAAUACGCCCGAAAUAAUCCUCAUAUUAUCAACUUGCUAAAUAUUAUGGACGAAGUUGAGAAAGUCAAGAACAUAGAUAAUCUGGUCGUUAAAUGUUUACCAAAAAUUAAAGUAUUAGACAAGGAUAUACAGACGGAGGUCCAUCCUAUUGAAGAAUACAUAGAGAAGAACUACACUUGGGAUCUUUGGGAAUGGAAACGGAGGGCUUGCCAAUGGGCAUCGAUAGUGAAUUGUCAAACACACUCCACCCAAACUAUAUACAGUCAUCUUCGCUCCGAAAUUCACUGUCAGACUGUUGAACCUAGAGACAAGAGUCUGCAAACAAAAAAGGAUAGUGGAAUCAAUACCGCCCCUAGUAAUUUCUUUAUUUGGGGUUUAAGGGGACAGCUGGGAUACGGACAGCAUUUUAUGGAUUUAGUUGAAAAACAUUCACCAGAAAAGAAAAGAGCACAAGUGGUAACGACUUGUACAUGGCCUUGCAUAGAAAAGUCGACAACGAAGGAAAAUCAUGACGUGGAAGAAAAUUGAAUUAUUUAUCAGUAUGUGAUUAACUCCUGUAUAAAUUUGAAUACCUAGAUCUUACCGGAUACAAAUAUCUGACUACACUCCUUUACAAAAAAUAAACGGACAAUAUUUUUUAUGAAGCUAAUGUUAAUUUUAUAUUGUAGACAUAAUAAACUUGCAGUUUUGUAAUAAGAAAAGAUUGAAAAUAUUUUAAUUAAAAUAUUUAUUAGCAUUAUGUAGCUAGACCAUUGUAUUUUUUAAAUAAUUAUUUAGGUAUAUAAUUUAAAACAUUGGUAAUCUAUAUAUUGUU